AACCAGCCUUCCCUUGCCGCACCAUUCGAGCUCCGGACGUUGUUGAGUGCACGUGUGCGCUAGUCGCGUUCCGAACACGAAUACGUCUUUAAUAAUUCGGUGCAACUUUGCGAUGUUUGGACUUUUCCGUAUUCGAAAUCUGUGACCCUGUGUUUCGAAAUUUAAGUUAAUCUCCGAAGACUAUUUAGGAACAUAGUGUUUGUGUAUUUAGUGAAAAAUGCUUGUAGAGGACUCUCAAAAUCGUUCAGUGCUGGCGAAGAACUAUGCGCACUGUCCGCUGAAGAAGCGACCGGUGUUGGUGCGGGAGGAGCGGCCUGCGACGCCGCCCACUACGCCGCCUCAUCCCGCCCACCUUGCCACGAGACUUUAUUAUGAUUAUCAUUGUGACAUGGAAAAUGAAGAACCUGAGAAUCUUAGCACUAAGCCCGAAGACCUGUCCAAGACAGGAAACUAUCCGAGCAAAGCUUCGUCGCCAGUUUCAGCGAUGACGGUUAAGGUUGAACCAAGAGAAUGGUCUCACCAGCUGCCCGACUAUAUGUCAGCUUGCCGAACUCGCCUCGAGCCGGCACCAACAGAGCUUGCACGACCUACGCCGCAGUACCCUUACAUGCCGACAUUGUAUUCGCCCUACGCAUUUGAAGAAUUAUACCCAGCGGCACCUGCUCUGUCCCCUCCGAUACACCCGCAAUUGUAUACGCGUUACUCACCCGCAUCACCGCCGUCCUCGUGUUCACCUCCACCUUGCCCCGAAGAUCUAAGAUCACCCGGUUCCGUUUCUUCCGACUCGGGAGUUUCCGUUUCGGGAACACGUCGUCCUCGGUAUCAAUGUUCAGACUGCGCAAAGUCUUAUUCGACGUAUUCCGGUCUCUCGAAACAUCAGAAAUUUCACUGUGCUGCUGCGGAAGGUAGUCUAGCAAGGAAGUCUUUCAGCUGCAAAUAUUGUGCAAAGGUUUACACUUCUCUUGGUGCACUUAAAAUGCACAUCCGCACGCAUACGCUACCCUGUAAAUGCCAUUUAUGCGGUAAAGCCUUUUCAAGACCCUGGCUUCUUCAGGGUCACAUCAGAACGCACACCGGUGAGAAACCAUUCUCUUGCCACCACUGCAGGCGCGCAUUUGCCGAUAGAUCGAAUCUUCGCGCUCACCUUCAGACCCAUUCGGAUGUGAAAAAAUAUUCGUGCUCUGGUUGUGGUAAAACCUUUUCACGUAUGUCCCUUCUGAGUAAACAUCUGGAAGGCGGAUGUGGAGUACCAGGCAGCACGCCUUACGAGUAUCGUCCUGAAGCAAUGCAAGUUGCGCAUGCGCACCCAAACCUCCCACCGCCCGCUACCGUGCACGCCUAUUAAUAAGACUGAAUGGAUCUCCGAUCUCAAAUAUUGUAAAACAUUAAUUACACAAGUAAUCGGCUCACCAUAAUGAAUAAGCACGAAAUGUUCAUAUUUUUAAGGAUAUGUAUGUGUGUCUAAAUUACUUUGUAAAAUUUUAAAGUGUGUUAGAAUUACUGUGUAAAUUUCGAUUGUAAUUAUCGGUAAGUUAAGUUAUUCUUAAGUAGUAAGUCACGCAAAUCGUGACCUAACCCUAGUCAUAUGGCAUUUGCCGAGUGUCAUACACUUGUUCAAAAUAAAAUUUAUAAAUGAAAUUGUAAUCCUAAGCCAUGUACAAAGUGCCUUAAAAUAUAAAUAAUUAAUAUAUUCUUUGAAGAAAUUAUAACAGUACAUAUAUCCUGAGACGCUAUUCUUUUUAAUAAAUACUUAUAAUAGUAUUUAAGAGGCUAUUAUAGAGCCGAUUUGUAAAUCGUGUUCCUUUCUGUUACCUCCAAAUAAAUAUUACUGAGUUUGAAAAUUAUUCUUUUAAUAAAUUCUGUACAAAUCACCUCUCAACAUUAAGAAUACAAUGGUAUUUGCCUGAUCAAAAAGAUUGAACUAGGUUUCAAGCUCUUACACGAUCGCAGCAUUAUUUGACAACGUUUUCAAAGUAUCACGCAUUCAAUUUUUCUUCGACCGUAGGUAAGAUCGACAGCAUUCACGCUGAUUCGUAAAAUCCAUGAAAUCAUUUCAAACCAGUAAGGCCGUGAAAUCGCCUAUCCAUCCAAGCCAAUAAUAAACCUACUAAAAACUAUGACAUUAACACAAUUUUAAUUCUACUUUAACUGUCAAACAAGAAAGUAUUUAUAUUCCUGACAACUGACAAAAUAACAACUUAUAAACUGAAAAAGAAAUUAAGAGAAAAUAUUUCGAACUUGGAUGGCAAAGCGGGAUGUGAAAUUCAUUAUUUAAUGGAUCUGUUAAACUCUUAACACGAGGUCGGCCGUGUGAUUGUCCAUCUACAGCAUUAAAUAUACAUAUAAAAACACAUUUAUGUGCAAGUUUCAUAAGUUUGCCGCAAUUUAGCGGUAGCGGUCUUAUCGACGAGACAAUAGCAUGGAACACCGGUCCGAUGUGGGUCGAACAUUAGACAGUGGGCGCCAUGCCGCCGUCGACGGUCACCCGGCCACGAGGUCACCACCCAGAGCCUGCUCCCGCUUAUGCCUAGCUGGUAUUAAGCCGAUGUCGGAAUAUCAUAAACAAAACCUUUGAAACCUCUAUUGGGAACGAUAUACUUAUUUACCUAUAAACAAAUAUUACUUACUCAACUAUAAACAAUAAAGAUUUUAAGAGAAUAAA